GGGCUCACGAGACUUUCUCCCCCCUCCCCACCCCCCCGCAGACCAGGCCACCAACCCGCUGAACAAGAGCCUGGACUGGGACGGCAUCGACGCCUUCUGUCAGCAGCUCAACAAGGAGCCGGAUGGCCCCCCACUUGCUACCCGGCUUCUAGCUCACAAGAUCCAAUCCCCGCAGGAGUGGGAAGCCAUCCAGGCCCUGACGGUGCUGGAGACCUGCAUGAAGAACUGUGGCAAGCGCUUCCAUGAUGAGGUGGGCAAGUUCCGCUUCCUCAACGAGCUCAUCAAGGUGGUGUCCCCCAAGUACCUUGGCAGCCGAACUUCAGAGAAGGUGAAGUCAAAGAUCCUGGAGCUGAUGUAUAGCUGGACGCUGGGGUUGCCUCUCGAGGUGAAGAUUACAGAGGCCUACCAGAUGCUGAAAAAGCAAGGCAUUGUGAAAUGCGACCCAAAGCUGCCAGACGAUGCUCCCUUCCCACCACCUCCACCCCGGCCCAAAAACAUCAUCUUUGAUGAUGAGGAGAAGUCCAAGAUGCUGGCUCGCCUGCUGAAAAGCUCCCACCCUGAGGACCUCCGAGCUGCCAACAAGCUCAUCAAGGAGAUGGUCCAAGAGGACCAGAAGCGAAUGGAGAAGAUCUCCAAGAGGGUGAAUGCCAUUGAGGAAGUGAACAACAACGUGAAAUUGCUGACUGAGAUGGUGACCAGCUACACCAAGGGGGAGACAACAGAAAGCAAUGAGGACCUCAUGAAGGAGCUGUAUCAGCGCUGCGAGCGAAUGAGGCCCCCAUUUCUUCCCUCUCCCCUUUGGCCAGCUUGGCAUCGCUCUCCAGCCACUAGAUGGCACCCCAGCCCCACUCAGACUGUGGGUUGCUGUUCACAAGGGUUGACCUGCUGGUGGUGGCUGGGAGGUGGCAGGCAUUCUGCCAUGUACCCUUUGUUUCAUGAUGGGGUUGGGGGGGAAAAACACGGCAAGUGCAGCAGGAAGGGGGCAGGUAGGGACACAGUAGAUGCUGAAGGCAGUGUGUACAUGCCUGGAACAUCAGCUUGCAGUGACAGAUGUCUUUGCAACAGCUGGCUGCUAGUUUUGGUGUGUCUGAUAUGCUUCCCUCUCUUCAGUAGGCACCCACCUCUCUGCUGUCUACAAUGUCCCCCCACACCUCCUCUUUCAGCGGAAAUCCUGCAAGCCAAUGACAACUUGACACAGGUGAUCAACCUGUACAAGCAGCUUGUUAAAGGAGAGGAGAUCAACGGAGAGACUGUGGCUGGCCCCCUCCGAGGGAGCACCUCUGCACUCCUGGACCUGUCUGGGCUGGACAUGGUGGUGACGGGCCCCUCCUACCCAGCCUUACCCACUCUCUCAGGUGGCACUGGAGUCCCUGUGCCUGACCAAGCCAGCUCCAUCUCCCUGCUGGAUGAUGAGCUCAUGUCUUUAGGGCUGAAUGACCCACCACUCCCCUCUGCACAGGGCAUGGGCAGCAGUGGCUGGAACAGUUUUCAGUCAUCAGACAGCAGUGAGCUUGGCAUCCCCUCCAACACAGCUGCUUCAGCAACCCAAGCAGAUGCGGGAGCUCCUGCACGAAAGUCUUCCUCUGCCACCAGUGGCCUGGAUGACCUGGACCUGCUGGGGAAAACUCUGUUACAACAGUCACUGCCUCCAGAGUCUCAGCAAGUCCGGUGGGAGAAGCAGCCACCCCCACGGCUCACCUUGCGGGAUCUCCAGAACAAGAGCAGCUCUGGUGCCUCAGUGAAGAUCACGGGUACCCCAGCCCUGCUUGGCAAAAUCUCCCUGAACCCUACCACUACCCAGCCCUCUCCCUCGGAGCAGCCUCCCUCCACCUCGCUCCCAACAACUGCUCCCAUGCCAACUGGAGCUGUCCCUGCUGCUGCCCUGGUGGGGCCCCCUGCUGCUAUGUCACCCCAGGAGAUCUCACUAGCUAAUAUCACAGUGCCUCUGGAGUCAAUCAAGCCAAGCAGCAUCCUCCCCGUCACUGUCUAUGACCAGCAUGGCUUCCGUGUCCUCUUCCACUUCGCCCGAGACUCCCUGCCCGAGCGGCCUGACGUGCUGGUGGUGGUGAUCUCCAUGCUCAGCACAGCCCCGCUCCCUAUCUGCAACAUUGUCUUUCAGUCAGCUGUCCCCAAGGUGAUGAAAGUCAAGCUGCAGCCUCCCUCAGGGACAGAGCUCCCAGCAUUUAACCCCAUCGUCCACCCAACUGCCAUCACCCAAGUCCUGUUGCUUGCGAACCCACAGAAGGAGAAAGUGAGGCUACGAUACAAGUUGACCUUCACCAUGGGGGAGCAGACUUACAACGAGAUGGGGGAUGUGGACCAGUUCCCCCCUCCAGAGUCCUGGGGGAACCUCUAGGUCCUACAGCCUGUGGGCUGCUUCUGAAUCCUGGUGGCUCUUUGGUGCCCUGCUCCAGUUUCCCUCAGGAUGGCAGGGGCCUCAUCUGGGGCUGGUAUUCAGCUGAUGCUGCUGCUCUCCUGCUCUGGCACUGGAUAGUGAAGGGCUGGGGCCGGAGAGCACAUGAAGGAUGGUGGGAGGUCUCGGAGCCAAAGGGAGGUGACGCAAAGCUGCUCUGCCUCUCCAGCCUGUUCCUGUCCUAACCCUGCUUCCUUUUCUGCAGGAGUGGAGCUGGAAUCAGCACAGGGUAGUGCAGCAAGCCCCAGCCUGACCACACAGCCAAGGACCUACUCUCUUUUCUUGGUGUGGGUGCAUAGGGUCUUUGCAUCGCUCCCUCCCCUGAGCUGCUUCCUGCUCCCUGGUUGCCAGCAAACUAACUCACCUGGUCCACAGCUUAAGGAGCUCCCUCCUGCAGCUGUGCCCUAAUCUUCUACUCUGGUUCCUGUCAUGAUUCUAUGCCUGUGACAUGCUGAGAAGCGGGCACAGAUCAAGGCUGAACAGGGCCUGGGUGAAGCUGGGGAUACUGACCUGCUUUGCUGAAAAGUAGGCAUCCAUUCUUGGGGCAGCAGAGGUCUGCUGGGUUUCUUUGCUCUGAUUCAUGGCCAAAGCUGUUUGGGGGUGGGUAGUGAAGAGCCAGAGGACCAGUGUGGUGGUUUAGUGUUCAGCUUAGUGACCUGUAGGCUGGGACCUGGAUCCUGACACCGAAUUGAGGAAAGGUCUGUCCUGCGGCCACAAGCAGUGGGGAUCCAUAGCAAGCCCUGUGUCCAUGGGCCAAGAUGCCUUCUGUGAGAAGGCCUGGCUGGGGCCUGCCAGGCACAGAUUUAGGUAAGGGACAUGUGGCCUUUUGUAACCCUUGGAGGAGGAUUGUGCUGCUCCAGCCUUCCCUCCCCACCCCUUGCAGGACCCUGAUGUGAAAAGGAGUUCACGCACUCAGCCCACUAACUGAACUUCUGUUUUGGGGUUUUCUUGGUUCUUUCACUUCAUUGUCCCCAUCCAGGUGAACCAAAGGGCCAGUAGAUGAGACCGUCUCUUACUGAGGUCACCACCAGGAGGAGCACCUGAGCAAUGAGAAGGGGGAUCCUGCUUCCUUAGGAUCCCUAUUUUUAUUGUACUGGGAGUAGGGGGUGGGCAUUUCUCUAUGCUGGUCUGUACAGAACUGGCUUGGGGUUGCUUACUGAUAAGGGGCCCCAGCUCCUCCAGGGCUUUCUUGGAGGCAGAUGGCACUGUUCCUGGUACAGAUUCCAGGCUUUUCUCCCAGCUUUGGGGACUCCAGCAGCUCAAUCACUGUGACACAAAACUGGUAUCUGCUGGAACAUAAUGCUGGUACAAUAAGGGCAUUGACAGCCCAACUGCAAAGCUGUACCUUUCACUAUCACUACAUUGCUGACCAGCUUGCAGGCUAUAGCGAUGCCUCUUCCCCUGCCCAGGAACUUCCUGGGCUCUGAACUCUAGGACGGCUGCAUCUGAGUACAGUGGUUUGAAUCAUGAGGAAACACUUUCUCCCUAGAAAGGGCUUGGAGAAAGAGAGCAUGGAUGGAGGCCUUGCCUGGAUGGUACAGAGACCAGCUGGUGCCAUUGUGCUCUGCCCUGGGGGAAGUCUCUGAACCCCAUGUUUGGAGGGAAGGUCCCUGAGCUGGGCCUCUGCUGUGUCUUAUUUUCUUUUUUGGUCUCUUUCAGGGUUUUGUAUGGAUUUUCUUUGCAGAUCUUGCUUGGUUCUUGAACUGACUUGUAUAUAUUUUCAGUGCAAAUUCUAUAAAUGGAAAAGGAUUUAAAGAAAACCGCCCGGUGCGAAAUCUGCUGUAUUUAUGGGAAAUAAAGAGUUCUUUCCUCAUGCCUCUGCCUGAGUGAGAGCCUGUCUGGACAGAGUAUGUCUGGGAACUCCUCUGUUUGGGAGUGUCCCUGCUGCCUCUUUUUUCCCCCCUGCUGUUGCCCCUUGUUGGUGCUGAGGAGACAUUUCCAUCUCCUUCUGGAUGGAGGUGGGGGGGUUGUCUUAGCACAUUUAAGUCCAAAGAGGAAGUGGUGCUAGUAUGAGGGAGAUGGUCCCAUGACCUGUAAACUGAUCCAGAGGCACAGAACCCUUAUUGGAAGGCAAAGGGCUGGAUCCUGCCUUCCAGCUGCUUUGUGUAUGUGUGACAGUCUUGCCCACAGACCCAAACUUGCCCUGUCUCAUUCAAGUAGGUGUUACCUCAGCCUGUGAAGCUUGGGCCCCUUCCUGCACUCCAUUCACAGCCAAGAUGGAGCAGAG